AACCACUUCCUGUCUGGCCAUGUCUCCCCCUUCCUCACCAGGCCGUUUUUUGCAUUACAGCGCUGCGUUACUUUAACUGACAAUUGCGCGGUCAUGCAACACUGCACCCAAAUUAAAUUUGUGUCCUUUUUUUUCCCCACAAAUAGAGCUUUUUUUCAGUGGUAUUUGAUUACCUGUGCAUUUUUUAUUCUUUUGUGCUAUAAGCAAAAAAAGACCGACAAUUCUGAGAAAAAACUAUAUUUUUGGCUUAACUAUUAAACAUGUCCAAUAAAAAAAUUUUAAAAAUCUAAUUUCGUCACAAAUUUGGGGCAAAAUGUAUUCUACUACAUGUCUUUGCUACAAAAAAAAAUCCCAAUACGUGUAAA